AUGAUCAGUUUUGUGUAUGUGGUUCUUUGUGGUGAACAGGCAGAGGAAAGCAAUGUAAUUGAAUCAAUACCAUCUGAUUAUGAUAAAGUUAAGUUGCAAGAGUUUAAAGACUUGAUAAAUGGCUUUGAAGUCCUUGAAAGUAUUUAUUUCGAAGAAAAACAACCACUCAAGCAAGAUAUCUACGAUGAGAAUGUUGUGAAAAAACUGGAAUAUUAUAUAGGAAAAUUUUGUCGAGGAACUGGUGAAAUUAUCGCAUUUGUUGACUCAUUGUGGAAUCGUUUGAAGUGCGAUAUAACAAUAAAAGAGCAGAUAAAAUGUGCUUUGGCACAGUAUACGGAGCAUAGAUCUAAAUUGGUAAAUGAAAAGUUGGAGGAAUACGACCUACAAAAUCACGCAUCAGAGACUAGAGCACAACAACAGUACCCAUUGCUAAAGACUCACUUUGUACCGUUGAAGGUAGCAACAAGUGCACUUGAGGGUGAUUUGAUUAUCAUCAAUUACUUUGUUCCACUUCUUUUUAAUUUAGGAACAAAACAGAGGAAGCAAACGAAAAAUGGAAAUCGCUUGCGAAAGGCUCACCAUUGA